GGCACUCUCUCCCACUCCUAAACACUCUACUUAUACGUAAUAGAUCUCUUCACAUACAGACGAACGCAAACAAACCAUGUCAGUUCGAGACGUAUACAGCAAUCUUUAUUCCACAUUUCACUCUGUGCGAGAAAGCCUUAUCCCUGUUUUAAAGAAUUCCAAAUUUAAAGAAACAGGUUGUCUGACUCCUGAAGAGUUCGUUGCCGCAGGUGAAUUUCUUGUCUACAAGUGCCCAACCUGGUCUUGGGAAUCUGGUUUACCCGAGAAAAACAGAGACUAUUUGCCAAAGGAUAAGCAGUUUCUUGUAACACGUAACGUGCCAUGUCUUCGUCGUGCGAAACAAAUGGAGCUUACCGGCGAUGAAGGAGACACUCGUCAAGUAGAUGCAGAAGGAGAUGACGAAAAGGACGAAGACGGGUGGAUGUACACGCAUAGCUCACGAGUGACCAAGACGAUGGACGAAAUUGCUCAAACAAUCAUGGACGAUGAAGAGGAAGAAGAAAAGUUAAAGCAGAAUAUGGAAGCGCUGAAUCUGGAUAGAGAGAAACAAGUGCCAUUGGAUGAGAUUCCGGAUAUGGACGACAUUCCGGAUAUUGAAGAUGAUCUAGUCGUUGAGGAGGAUGACCCGGCUAUUGCGCAAGGACCACAAGACGAUGCUAAACCGGGUGAUAAUGACAAGAUUCUUCAAGUGCGCACCUAUGACGUAUUCAUCACAUAUGACAAGUAUUACCAGACUCCAAGAAUGUGGUUGUUUGGCUACGAUGAGGUACAAAAAGCCUGUUGUUGUCAGUGUUGUUGUUGUUGUUGCCGUUUCACGUGAAUUCAUACUUUAAUCUUACACGUAUUAUUCAAAAAAGCAACGUCGUCCCUUGCCAUCCAGUCGUGUGUUUGAAGAUGUCGCGCAAGACUAUGUUAAAAAGACAGUGACGAUUGACACACAUCCACAUUUGAAUAUGAACCUUGCAUCGAUCCAUCCUUGCAAGCACGCCGAAGUGAUGCAAAAGAUCAUUGAGCGUAUGGGAGACGGUGUCUCGGCAGGGUUAGCCGAAAAGGGCCAAGAAA